AUGGGAGCCGCGUGCACCAAAUGCUCUCGAGAAGGCGAUGUGGCCGAGGACAAACAGGUGAAGAAAGAGAAACCGGCAGAAACGGUAACUGCACCUGACAGGGAAGACAAUGGCUCCGCAGGGCGGUCUAGCAGUGGGCCUCGCGUGCCUGCGAUAGUAAAUGACGGCAAUUGUUCCGAUGGUGUGGACUGUGAGAAAUUCACUUCAUGCUCUGGUAAGGAAGCGGCACCAGAGAGGGCGGACGAUCUCUCUCUUACCUCUGUUCCGCUGAGCAUUCGUCGAUCCUCUGAGACCCUACCCGCCCAACCGAGCGAAAAGUCGGAGCCCCGAGGAAACGAUUCCUCAUCUGCUGUGGGAGAAGCUGUGGAAGCCAGUUUGUCUGCGGAAUCCGUGCGCUCUUCGAUGAGUGGAGGAAUGUUAUCGCCAGCGCGAGAAAUCAGCCAAAUUUCCAUGGUUGUGGAUGACGGGGCUACGGAGAUCAGUGCGGAAGUAUCUGGGGAAUGUAAUACGCUUAAUAGUGUCGGAGGCACCGAGACCUGUGAUAUUGGCGCACUACACUGGCCGCAGGGAAGAUUUUCCCUUUCCGUAUCGGCACCGUGCAGCAUGGUCCACUCGUCUUCCCCUCCGCCUCAACGCUCUAAAUGUUGCAGCCGAACGAGCAGGAGGGAGUUGCAACCCGGAAGCGAGAGCAGCUUGUCCAUCGCCACUCCUGUCCAUGUCGAGGUCACACAAACUCGGCGAAUUGACCCGUGUUCACUCACGGGCACGUCCGCUGCUGGUGAAAUAUCCGCAGGGGAUGCAACCACAAACCACGACUGCAAAUACGGCCCCCAGCAUUGCCCUUCUGGAGGUAAACCCGUGUCGGGUGAUGGUACCGAUGGUUUGGACACAGCAGCCUGCAUGAAAGAUGAGGCCCGAGGGGUGGAACAUGACCCUCCCAUGCAGCAACACCGGCAGUUGCAACAAGAGUCAGGACAACAGAGGGAUCGGCGAGAGUAUGUGGAUAGUGCCGAAACAUUCACCCCUCAUUUAUCUAUGAUGGAUCCGGGAGCGGGUGACACCGCAGUAGACACUGUUGAUUUCAUUAACUGUUCCACGCUUUCAGCAUCCGUUGGUGCCGUUGCUUCAUGUGUGAUGGAUGAAACUGUCAGCGCUGCCUUCUUGUCCCACGUGAUGGAGCAACAAAGACAGAAGGAAAGGCGAAGGCUGUCACCUCCCGUUCCACUCCACGAUUCUGUAGACCCGCGGGUUCCUCGUUUGUCUACCCCGCUAACUGACAAGCCGGAUCAGGGGAAAACGGUUCAUGUGGAGGUAUCUGACCUAACUCCUGAGGAUGAGUCGGACGCGAGUGCUUACAGCGUUGUUACGGAUGACAAGCCGAGGAUAAGAGUAAGUGACCCCUCGGUCCUGCAUCGCCAACCAUUGCAAAGGGAUUAUUUAACUGCAGAAGACACAAACGGGGGAGACAUGAGCAACAAAACGCUCCGUGACUCUCCGGACGGUGCGGACGCUGUCAACGUGGCGAGGCAGUGGCCCAUGCCGGAAUCGACUGCUAGCAGCAACCCUCAAGGCCGUACAACGAACGACUUGUUGAAUAUGUUGCGGGAUAUGGUGCAAAAGCAGGAUGAACGAAGACAGCAACAGCAGAGAAAGUACAAGGCUUUCACUCGCAUUAAAAAUCCUAUUCCCCUCACGUCCCCCAAAAUGAGGGAGGAUAACGAGCUCAGGGUGGACGAAAAGGAGGCACAGAGUGGCAGCGCUUCACCAUGGAGUCAAAUAUGGCAAAACAGGACUCCACUCACAGACGGUACGCCCAACACGUCACUGCUGCCGCGUAGGCUCUCGUAUUCACCGCCACGUGACUCGAAGUAUCCGGCUACCAAACACUGGAUCGAUGGAGAGGAAUUGGUCCACUGCACAGACGACAGCCGAUUUGUCACUAGGGUUUCGUGA